GGCGCCUCGUGUUUUAUUAUCAUUUAUUAUGGCGAUUUGUGAGUGAGGUUAGGGGUUAACGUGUCGCGCCGACCAGCGCCGACACCGUCAUCGGCAUCCUCGGCAAUCGAUGACUCGCGUCACGCGACCAUCGUAAGAAUGCUCAACUUUCUGAGGACCCGUACCGUCUCGAUGCAGAAUGCACGUAUCAUGUCAGGCCGACCAGUCACCCAGAGCCGGGCGAGACUAUGCUCGUUCUGCAAAUUCCAUCAUCUGAGCCCACCCCGUGCAGUGAGAUGUACAAUGAUUCGAUGUUAUGCAACAACCGAUACAGUAAAACUACGCACUCCCUUGCAAAAGAAAGUUAAACGUCGCACGAAAAAAUAUGCAGAGUUAUUGGAAGUAACAGAUCAGACGACCAACAACAGGAAAGCAGCAGUGAGCAGGUUGAGUUCUGCUCAAAUGUCCAUUCUGGUUAAUCAGCCUAAUAUUACACUAGACAAACUGCACGAGAUCUCUAAUUUUCGUGUUAAGAAGGAGACGAUCACGACACAAAAGAAGGACACUAGUGAAAAGACUGGAGUUAAAAAAGAUUUAGUUCAUAUGGAUGACAAAGAGGACGAUACACAUUAUGCCAUACCUAAAGAAUUUGAUGGGCAAUUAGAUGAUACAUCCGCAGUUAUGGAGAAUCUGAAAGAAUCUGGCAUAAGUGAUCAAACUGCGUUGAUUAAAGAUUCUUCUUUUCUGAAUAUGCUGCAGGGUGAUAAAAACGAAGAGAGGGAUAAUCAAGAUGAUACACUUAAGCAGAUUCCAAAAUAUGAGUCUUCAAUUUCGUACGCUACAAUUCCUUUCACAAAUGAGCCAGAUCCAUUGGAGAAUCGUCUUUUCGAUCACAAUCUAAUUUCUCAGUUAUUAGCGCAUAUUGACGUUUAUAUACAAAUCAACAUGCCGCAUAAGGCCUUCAAGUUGCUCACGUCGAAUAAAAACCAUAUUAAGAAAGGCAAAGUCUCCCCCGUGUCGCUUUAUAAUCUGCUCUUAAAGACCCAUAUUUCUAAUGCGCAUGUGGAAAAGGCAUUCGAGAUCUACAGAACAUUAAAGGAGGAUUCUGUCCAGCCGAACUUUGAGACGUACGCUCUCAUGUUCGAGAUAAUCGGAAGGAUAAAAAACCAGGUGAAAAGAGAAGAAAACGCGGCUGAAGUGAUGGCAGACAUGAACCACAAUGGCAUCUCCUUUGAUAAAAUAAUUAACACAUCGUUAAGUGCAACGCAACGCAACGCCAUUCUUCAUUGUAUGAGAUCAUUGGAUCCUAAUUAUUGUGUACAGUCUCAAGCCAAUGAUACCUCAUACAACUGCAAUCUACUGAGGGAUCUGACGACGAAUAAUAACUGGCAGAGCCCGGCGAAAGGAGUAGCGACCAUGGACGAGUUGCGGAAUAUGAUGCGUACGCAGAUCGACACAGAGAAGCAGUGUAUAAUGGAUGUAAAGAGCAUCGCGUUGUUCACCGGAGAUCCCGAAGUUAAACAGCAAGCUAUCAAACGGGUUGCGGAAUGGGAGAAGAUCUGGAAAUCGACUGUGGCCGAGGCUUUCGAGAGAAAUCUGACUUAUCUGAAACAGAAGGAGACAAAGGUGAAGAACGAUUUAAAGAUCUUGUAUCCAUUUCUGCAAGUAUUACCCAAGGAAGAGUAUGUCAAGGCGAUAAUGAACGAAAUCAGCCAGCUGACUAAAUUCUCCGAGGGAUUCAGUUAUACUAUGACGUAUCUUUAUCUAACACUGGGACAAUAUAUUUACAAGAGGUACGAGUUUCAGCGAAAGAUGAAGGACGGUGUUAUAGACAAUUCUAUUCAGAUUUACAAGACGUAUUUGGAGUGGUAUAUGAAGAAGAAUCCUGCUGACAGGAUCAGCAACGGGCGCAUCAAAUGGCAGCAACUCAUCGAUGAGGCCGAAAAGUCUGGUAUGUGUUGCGACCUCACGGUACCAGAAUGGUCUCGUAACACUAUGCUAAACGUAGGCAAAUUUCUAUACAACAUCAUCGUGAACGACGUGAAGAUUCCACACGUACCUAAGCCUGGUGCGCCCGAGCGGCAGAUACCCGCAUUCUACCUACUCUUCAGGCUCCACUCCAACAAGUUCUUUAUGGAAGAGAUCAAGCCUCAUCCUCAGUUACACAGAUUUUACAAGGACUCGCAUUCGGAGACACUGUCUUUUGACACAAUUUUGUUGCCGACGUUCUCUCCGCCUCGUCCUUGGGUCAACGUAAACACCGGCGGUUAUCUGUUCUCCAAGGCGGCGUUUGUUCGCGAUCCCUACAUGAAAUCAUCACACCUGCUAAGAAAUACGCCGACAAAACAACUGUAUCCAGCAUUCGACUGUUUGAAUCAACUCGGUUCGAUUCCGUGGAGAAUCAACGUACCCAUGUUGGAUAUCUUGAUUCAGAUUUUCAGGGAUGGGGGCUCAAAAGAGCUGAAUGUACCUCAACCAUCCACAGUAAUUCCAUCUUCGACGGAUAUCAUCGCGAGCGAAACAGAUAAGAGUCCUAAAGAGAUGUCAAAGUUGCUGCUUCAAUUCAAACGUAUGAAAAACGAGAUGCACUCGCUAUGGUGCGACUGUCUCUAUAAAUUAUCCCUCGCCAAUCACUUUAGGGACAAGAUAUUCUGGAUGCCGCACAAUUUGGACUUUAGAGGUAGGGCGUACCCAGUGCCGCCUCAUCUGACCCAUCUCAGCUCGGACUUAGGCCGCUCUAUUCUCAUGUUUGCUCAGGGUAAGCCUUUGGGUUCUGAUGGUCUGGAUUGGCUGAAGAUUCAUGCAAUAAACAUGUCCGGUUUGAAGAAGAAAGAACCAAUGCACAAACGGUUGGAGUUCGCGAAUGAGAUAUUAGACCUGAUUGUGGACAGCGCGAGGAAUCCCCUGACAGGAAAGAUGUGGUGGACCAAGGCCGACGAACCAUGGCAAACGUUGGCGGCAUGCAAAGAGAUAGAUAACGCUCUUCAAUCCCCAAACGUGAAGAAGUACAUCUGCCGACUUCCCAUUCACCAAGACGGUAGCUGCAACGGCUUACAGCAUUACGCUGCACUCGGAAGAGAUUUAAUAGGAGCGAAGAGCGUGAACUUGUAUCCUUCGAACAAGCCACAGGACGUGUACAGUGUCGUCGCUAAGAUGGUUGACGAGUACAGGAAGAUCGACGCGAAUGCUGGCAAUAAAAUAGCCCAGGCCUUGGAAGGACACGUCAGUAGGAAAGUCAUGAAACAGACUGUAAUGACCACAGUGUAUGGCGUGACGAAGUUUGGCGCCAGGCUACAGAUCGCCAGGCAACUCAGCGAUUUGAAGGAUUUCGACCAGACGUAUGUUUGGAGCGGCAGCAUGUAUCUAGUUGAAAAGACAUUCAUGUCUCUUCAGAGCAUGUUUAAAAGCGCGAAGGAGAUACAGAACUGGUUCACGGAUUGCGCCCGCGCUAUCACGAUCAGAUGCAACCAGAAUGUGCAGUGGGUGACGCCGUUGGGCCUUCCGGUCAUGCAACCCUAUUCCAAGAAGUCAAAUAAUUUGAAACUCAAAGUUUUCAAGAAGUUGGACACAGUAAAGCAAAAGAAUGCCUUCGCGCCGAAUUUUAUCCACUCGUUGGACUCUUGCCACAUGAUGUUAACGAGCUUGUAUUGUGAACAGGCGGAGAUCACAUUUAUGUCAGUGCACGAUUGUUUCUGGACGCACCCGUCCACGGUGGAUAUUAUGAACAGAAUUUGCCGGGAGCAAUUCAUCGCGCUUCACAGCGAGCCCAUUCUCGAGGAUUUGUCCGAAUUCUUUUAUAAAAAUUAUGGAAAGCACAUUGCGAGUAAUAAGCGGGAUGUGAAGCUAAGAGGCGACGAUGUUUCGCUAAAUGUCUUUCAAAAGAUACCGAACAAGGGUACCUUCGACAUCAACAUGAUCAUAUCGUCUCGAUAUUUCUUUAAUUGAAAUGUAACUGUAUUUAUUACGAGAAAAUGUACCAUUUAAAUGUAUAACAGUGUAAACUACUGUAAAGUUUUAACAUGAAUUGGCUUCGAUGUGCGUUGUGCGAACUACCACUGUAACUGUAAGUUAUAUAAGAUAAUUUUUAGAACGAUAUGUAAAUAGCUCAAUAGAAUAAUAAAUUUUCAA